AAGCUGAGCCCUUAAAGGGCAAUGCUGUGCGUGUGCCACAGUGCACAAUGGCAUCUCGUGCCAGCUGAGCUGGGGCGUGUGGGCCCGGGGAAUGGACCAAGCUGCACAACCUCUAAGGCUUGGCUCCAGCUCAGCCUGUGAAAGCCUGUGAAGGAAUCACCUCUCUGGUCCCCACCUCUGCCCCUGAGUGCUAGACCCAGGGAGGAAGACACCCCAUGGACCAUUCAGACGCCCCCUGCUCCAGCGCCGGGCUGCGCUUCGCCGUGGCCCGCGAGCUGCUCCAGGCCGCGCUGGAGGACCUGAGCCAGGAGCAGCUGAAGCGCUUCCGCCACAAGCUGCGCGACGCGGGCUCGGAUGGACGCAGCAUCCCGUGGGGGCGGCUGGAGCGCGCGGACGCGAUGGACCUCGCGGAGCAGCUGGCCCAGUUCUACGGCCCGGAGCCCGCGCUGGAGGUGACCUGCAAGACGCUGAAGAGGGCGGACGCGCGCGACGUGGCUGCGCAGCUCCAGGAGCAACGGCUGCGGCGGCUCGGCCUCGGCCCCGCGGCGCAGCUCUCCGUGUCCGAGUACAAGAAGAAGUACCGGGAGCACGUUCUGCAGCGGCACGCGCGGGUGAAGGAGAGGAACGCCCGCUCCGUGAAGAUCACCAAGCGCUUCACCAAGCUGCUCAUCGCGCCCGAGAGCGCCGCCCCGUUGGAGGAGGCGCUGGGGCCCGCGGAGGAGCCGGAGCCGCAGCGCGCGCGGCGCUCGGACACCCACACGUUCAACCGCCUCUUCCGCGGCGACGAGGAGGGCCGGCGGCCGCUGACCGUGGUGCUGCAGGGCCCGGCGGGCAUCGGCAAGACCAUGGCGGCCAAGAAGAUCCUGUACGACUGGGCGGCGGGCAAGCUCUACCAGGCCCAGGUGGACUUCGCCUUCUUCCUGCCCUGCGGCGAGCUGCUGGAGCGGCCGGGCGCGCGCAGCCUGGCCGACCUGAUCCUGGACCAGUGCCCCGACCGCGGCGCGCCGGUGCAGCGGAUGCUGGCGCAGCCGGAGCGGCUGCUCUUCAUCCUGGACGGCGCUGACGAGCUGCCGGCGCUGGGGGGCCCCGAGGCCGCGCCCUGCACGGACCCCUUCGAAGCGGCGAGCGGCGCGCGGGUGCUGGGCGGGCUGCUGAACAAGGCGCUGCUGCCCUCGGCCCUCCUGCUGGUGACCACGCGGGCCGCCGACCCCGGGAGGCUGCAGGGCCGCCUGUGCUCCUCGCAGUGCGCGGAGGUUCGCGGCUUCUCCGACAAGGACAAGAAGAAGUAUUUCUACAAGUUCUUCGGGAACGAAAGGAGGGCCGAGAGCGCCUACCGCUUCGUGAAGGAGAACGAGACGCUGUUCGCGCUGUGCUUCGUGCCCUUCGUGUGCUGGAUCGUGUGCACCGUGCUGCACCAGCAGCUGGAGCUCGGCCGGGACCUGUCGCGCACGUCCAAGACCACCACGUCCGUGUACCUGCUUUUCGUCGCCAGCGUGCUGAGCUCGGCUCCCGCAGCCGACCGGCCCCGGGUGCAGGGCGACCUGCGCAAACUGUGCCGCCUGGCCCGCGAGGGCGUCCUCCAGCGCAGGGCGCAGUUUGCAGAGGAGGAACUGAAGCAACUGGAGCUUCGUGACUCCAAAGUCCAGACGCAGUUUUUUAGCAAGAAGGAGCGGCCGGGCGUGCUGGAGACGGAGGUCACCUACCAGUUCCUCGACCACAGCUUCCAGGAGUUCCUCGCCGCACUGUCUUACCUGCUGGAGGACGAGGGCGUGCCCGGGACCGCGGCCGGCGGCGUGGGGACACUCCUGCGUGGGGACGCCCAGCCGCAUAGCCACUUGGUGCUCACCACGCGCUUCCUCUUCGGACUGCUGAGCGCGGAGCGGAUGGGCGACAUCCAGCGCCACUUCGGCUGCAGGGCCUCGGAGCGCGUGAAGCAGGAGGCCCUGCGGUGGGUGCAGGAACAGGGCUGCCCUGGAGCGGCACCAGAGGUGACCAAGGAGGCCAAAGGGUUUGAGGACACGGAGGAGCCAGAGGAGGAGGAGGAGGAAGGAGAGGAGGGAGAAGAGCCCAACUACUCGCUAGAGCUGCUGUACUGCCUGUACGAGACGCAGGAGGACGCGUUUGUGCGCCAGGCCCUGAGCCGGCUCCCCGAGCUGGCGCUGCAGCGAGUGCGCUUCAGCCGCAUGGAUGUGGCUGUUCUGAGCUACUGCGUGAGGUGCUGCCCCCCUGGACAGGCACUGCGGCUGAUCAGCUGCAGACUGGUUGCUGCACAGGAGAAGAAGAAGAAGAGCCUGGGGAAGCGGCUGCAGGCCAGCCUGGGUGGCAGCAGUUCCCGAGCCACGGCAAAACAACUGCCAGCCUCCCUUCUCCAUCCACUGUUUCAGGCCAUGACUGACCCCCUGUGCCGUCUGAGCAGCCUCACGCUGUCCCACUGCAAACUCCCUGACGCAGUCUGCCGAGACCUCUCCGAGGCCCUGAGGGCAGCCCCCACGCUGACGGAGCUGAGCCUCCUCCACAGCCGGCUCAGUGAGGCCGGCCUGCGUAUGCUGAGUGAGGGCCUAGCCUGGCCCCAGUGCCAGGUGCAGACGUUCAGGGUGCAGCUGUCUGGUCCGCAGCGAGGGCUGCAGUACCUGGUGCCUAUGCUUCGAGAGAGCCCGGCCCUGACCACCCUGGAUCUCAGUGGUUGCCAGCUGCCCGCCCCCAUGGUGACCUACCUGUGUGCAGUCCUGCAGCACCCGGGAUGCAGCCUGCAGACCCUCAGCCUGGCCUCUGUGGAGCUGAGCGAGCAGUCACUACAGGAGCUUCGGGCUGUGAAGAGAGCAAAGCCCGAUCUGGUCAUCGCACACCCAGCCCUGGACGGCCACCCAGAACCUCCCGAGGAUCUCAGCUCAAUCUUCUGAGGCCCAGGUGGCCAGAGCAGGGCAGAAGACCCUAGUCUGAGCCCCUGUGGAGAGAACUGCAGGACCCUGCUCUCGCCUCUGGGAAACGUUCGAGCCCAGAGGCCCUGGACAGGCAUGUGGGAGGCCCAGACACGGCACCCUGUCCCGUCCAGGACCGGCCCG